CCCCCGGCCGGGCAGGGCCGGGCAGCCAUUUUGGGCAGAGCUUUGUUAUGGUUCUGGGGCCGCAGGAGGCAGCGAGAGGGGCCUGGCCGAUUUGAUGAAAACCAGUGAAGUUGGCAGAAACAUGGUCCCGCUUAGAAUACUUCAUGAAUGCCAGGAUGUUGUUUAACUUGUGUUCUUGACUACAGUUCCUGUCUCACCUCUUUGAUGGAAGAGGACUAUAACCCAGAAGUGAACUCUCCACUGUAGAACAAGAAGCUCUCGUGGAAUAAUUGUGUCCCUUUAAAAGCAGCAGCCAGUCUACAAGAAAUAGAGUAGAAGAGAUUAUUUUUGGACCUGGCAUUUUUUUGUUCAUGUGACCUAUGUUUCAGCAUGUAAAUGGUGAACAACGAGGAAAACAUUUGUGCCUGCUUUUGAGCUUUAUAUCAAAUAGUGCUUAGCUCUGUGGAGCAUUAACCAACUUACGUGAAGACCAGAGUAUAUCCUAACUUUCAUUUUUUAAAAAUAGUAUACCUUUUUUUAGCAGAUGUAUGUGAUAAAAAUGAAGUUUAUAUUUUAAGAGCACUUGGGCAAAUGCUACUUGUUUAGAUCUCAGCAUUCGGGGCAGAAGUUUUUACGUAACAGCGUCACUUUUCCAGAGGGUUCAGGCUGAUCUGCUGCAGAUCAUGAAUUAUCCAGCAGACUUGGGUGUAUCUGUUCAGUAUUAACCAUGGUGUUGCUCUGAAUGCUGUCAUGCACACUUGACAAACCUUUUUGUAAUGUAAAGCCUGACUUCUGCAUUACCGCGACCAGAGGAAAUUUAAUGAGGUGAACGUGGUCGUGGCUUUUUUUUUUUUAAAUAGAAAUUACCUUCUUGGGUAUCCUUUUUUUUUUUUUUUUUUCCCCUUAAUGAGAGAACAAAGAGAGGUUAAAAUGAGCAGUUGAGGGGGUGAAGGGCACAGUUGGCACGAAGUGCGGCCUCUCGUGCUCUGCUUCGAGACGCACUGUUGCCUCCAGGCUGGCCUUAGAGCAUACUGGGGAAGGAAGGAACCCACAGGUCAGUAAAGCACAGAAACUGAGGACAUUGGACUGCAGAGGCCAAACUCAGGAUCCUGGCCAUGAGGUUUGAUGCCUCAUUUUAUUGAAGGGAGACACUGGACCUAAAUGGCGCAGCAUGACUUUGUUCCUGCCUGGCUUAACUUCUCAACACCACAGUCAACCAAGUCCCCUGCAGCCACCUUUGAGAAACAUGGAGAGCAUCUUCCACGGGGAGAGGGCCGCUUUGGGGUGAGCCGUAGGAGACACAACUCUUCUGAUGGAUUUUUCAAUAAUGGGCCCCUCCGAGCUGCGGGAGACUGCUGGCAUCAGCCGUCCCUUCUCCGCCACGAUUCUGUAGAUUCUGGUGUUUCUAAAGGAGCUCAUGUUGGGCUUUCUGGCAGUCAGCCUGGCUGGCAUGGUCCCUCACGGGGCCAUGAUGGUGUGAACCAGCGUGGUGGAGGAGGAACUGGAGUUCAUCGCCACUGGAAUGGCAACUUCCAUUCUCGGAAAAGUUCCGCCUUUCAAGAAAAGCUGCCUGUUGAAUCCAGGGAAGAGAAGAAGGAAGAUAAAGAGCAGUUGCAAUUUGAGGAAGAAGACUUUCCAUCUUUGAAUCCAGAAGCUGGAAGACAAAACAACCAGAACAAACCUUUAGGGACACCUUCUGGAGUAUGGGAAAACCCCCCUAGUGCCAAGCAACCUACCAAGAUGCUGGUCAUCAAAAAGGUUUCAAAAGAGGAUCCUGCCGCCGCCUUCUCAGCUGCAUUUACAUCACCUGUUUCUCACCUGGCAAAUGGCAACAAAGCCACCACCAUUGUCCCAAGUGUCUACAAAAAUCUGGUUCCUAAACCUGCAGCUCCUCCUUCCAAGCCAAGUCCAUGGAAAGCCAACAGAAGUGAACAUAAACCAGGCUCGCUUUCCUCCAGCCGUGACUCUGCCUUUACCAGUCCAGUGUCUGUAACCAAACCAGCGGUACUGGCGAGUGGCUCAGUCCUCACCUCUCCCAAAGAGAGUCCUUCCAGCACCACCCCUCCCAUCGAGAUCUGCUCUUCACGCCUGACGAAGCUGAUGCGCCGUACCACUGAUAAGAAGAGCGAGUUCCUGAAGGCACUGAAAGAUGAUAGGAAUGGGGAGAUAACUGAGAACAGAGAAUGUGACAAGCUGGAUGAUAUGGAGAGCAACAGCACACCAGAACCAAAGGAAAACUGGGAAGAGAACUGCCAUCAGAAUGGCCUUUCUCUCCCUUUGCCAGAGGAGGGGGAAAACCUCUCUCAUUCAUUGGAAGCAGAACACAGGUUAUUGAAAGAAAUGGGAUGGCAGGAGUAUCCUGAAAAUGAUGAGAACUACCUUCCCCUCACGGAGGAUGAGCUCAAAGAGUUCCAAAUUAAAUCAGAGCAGCGAAGAAGAAAUGGAUUUGGGAAGAAUGGAUUUCUUCAGGGCCGCGGCUCCAGCCUGUUGUUCCACUGGAGAAGCACUUUUAAGACAAAGAUUGAGGACUCAGACACAGAAACUAGUAGCAGCGAAACGUCAGAUGACGAUGCCUGAAAGUGGGCACAAGAAAAUUAAAAUAAAUAAAACCAACCCAAUAAACUCAGUUCAUAGUUCAACACGUGUUUGGGGUUGUAUAAACUAAACAGAGUUUAUUCUGUCUCCAGUCUGUUCAGUUUUUUCUUUUGUUGUUGAUACUUCAUGCACAAGGGAAAUAAUUGUAUCCCAAAGAAGAGAGAAAUUGGCUUCUUUAGCUUUUUCUUUUGGUUUUGCCCUAAUGCUUAAUAGAAGUUUGUGCAGCUAGCAAAUUUUGACAAAAAUCCCUUGUGGGGCAGUGCACAAGUUCAGUCUUGUAAGCAGGAUACAAGUGGCUGACUGAUCUUUGCAACAACAAGCUUCUAACAGUGCCGCCCGCAUUACACAAUGGCGUGCGGCAACAGUGUGCUAAAACAAUCAUUGUCAAUGACAAAAUGGCUAUUGAAGUUCUAAUUAUGUUAAAUUAAUGCUAAUAACAUGAAUAUUUUAUUUUAUUUUAUUUUUUUUUUUGGCGGCUCGGGGAGCUUCAUCACUUAACCAGGCGUUUGUGGUUUUCUUUUUUUGGGUACAGCUGUAAAAUAUUUGGAUAUAGGAAUUGUUUGUGUUCUUCUUGCAGCCUUGAUAUUCAGGGUGGAUUGUAAAAUAUAAAUUUUUUGUGAGAUUUCAAAGAUUAAGAUUAUUUUGAUAACAUUAUUUACAGAUUUAAAAAAGUGACUAUCACAUUGAGUCUGUAUGAGGGGGAAAAACUACUGCAUCAAAAAUAACUAACUUGGAAUAAAUAUUUUGCAUCA